AUGGAAGAAGCUUUGGAAGAUUCAGAAGCCUUGAACCCACCUUCCCGACGUUCUCCCACACCACCUUCAUCUCCAUCCGAUCCCGGUGCGAUGGCCGAGAAUCAAGACAGUGCCGCGCUCCUAAAUGGAAGUGCGAUGAAACCUGAUGCCUUUGAUGGCACAAAAUCCAAGUAUAUCGCUUGGAAGACGCAAAUGAAAUUGUAUGUAGUCACACAGAGAAAGCGGCUACCAGAACAAUUUGACAGGGUCCUUAUGAUCUUGUCGUAUAUGAAAGGUGGACAUGCAGGCGAAUACGUUGCCACAUACAUGAAGAAGUAUGACACGGAUGAAGAUACUGCAGAAGCGUACGAUAGGCUGCAAGCAAUGCAGAUGGGAGCGCUAUCAGCACAGGAGUUCUUCUCGAAGUUUGAAUUAUGCGCCUUCCAGGUGAACAUUCACGACUUCGAGGCACAUUUCCAGGAGUUAAAAUUGCUUCUAGAAAAAGCACUCCGGGCCGACAUCAUUCGGCUUCUUUACAAUUUGUCAGAAGAACUCCCCGCUACAUACGCACUCUACAAACAAUGGGUCGCACGCAUUGACCUGAAUUAG